ACUCCGAAUCCUGUUUAUUAGUUGUUGUCAAUAUUUCGUAACUCAUAUGUGACACUAAAAAGGUUUUAAGAUUUUCGUGCGUGCGUGCCGCGUGGCGUGUUCACUCAGACGUUAAAACGUGCUUAGUUACCAUCGUUUGAAACAUUUGACCUUGAAUGGGGCAUAUCUUUGCAUUCACGUGUAAAGCCUAUAACACUGUGAGAUGGGUUUUAUCCAUAUGCAGAGCUCGUCAGAUUCCCUGUUUAAGAAAGUUGCUCAGUGAAAAGUAUCGAUCGUAUAUACAAAGUCAACUAUUUUUAAUGAUUACGUUUGGAGUUUAAAGAGAUUUCCCUAUUAUGAAUCAUAAGUUCAAGACCCAAUAUGCAGCGUAUAGCUAUUAGCUAAACCUAAUUACCUUAUAAUGUAGACCAUGGCGUCAGCAUGGUUGCACUAUAAGUACAGACGCCUACAAGAAUUGUAUUCUGCAGAGAGCGAAACAAUAUGCAUUGUGUCAGUAAUCAAGGAAGUCGUUCAACCUCGGUUUUCGAAUAAAGUGGGAAAUUUUACUUCACUUAUUUUCCCAUGCAUGCGAAACCCCAAAGGCGGUAGGCGGGUUCGGUCUUCGGUGUUUGGUGGUAAAGGGGAUUCCCUCUCUUUUCUAAGGCGAGAUAGACAUAAUCAGAAUCCUAGCCCAGAAAUCUAUAAUCUGUAGGGUGGGGCAUCAAUUUUAGCUUCCCUCUUCUCUCUCUCAAACCAAUUUUCCGGCGAGCAUGUAAAUAUCUCGUACAAGUUGGGACGUCAAUUGAUUUCAUUUAACCGCAAAGGUCGAUUAAGGUCAUCUAGGAAGGCAGUCGAAAAGUGAGCCAGUAAACCUCGUGAUAUUGGCUUAAUUUUUUUGCGUUGGUGGGGAUUCUGGCGAGCGGCCAUUUAUCACAUGAAACCGCUUAUUAACUGGGCCAUCAUUCCAAUUAGCAAGUUUCGAUUGUUAAAAAUUCAAAUCUUGCUUUCUCGAUCAAAUCUCACUUUUUCAAAUGGAGCUUUCUAAAUAGCAACAAGUGUAUGUUGAUCACAGGAAAAUACACGAUGUUUUGUCUGCUGCGAUAGGCCGCUUCGAAUUGACCGCAACUAACCAAACUUUGCUCUAAGAAGAAGCCACAACAACAUCUGAAGGCCCUUAUAAGGAAAGAUGGAUGAAUUUGGGCUUAAAUUGUUUUCUAUGUUCUACUUUGGUCUCUUUUCCUGGAUUCUGCGAAAAUGAUAUCUUCCCUGUUAGUCAAAAACUAGUAAUAAAUUAAUAUUACCCGACACUUUCCAUUCCAGCACUUUCCAUUUGUAAAAAAAGUAUUGUUUUUUAUAUAUUGUUUUGUGUAAUGCGGAAAAUAUCGACUGUAUAAUCCGUAAUAUAUUGCUCUGUUGUUGAGAUAACCACUUUAAAAUAUGCAUAGAACAUCAAAAUCUACUGUUAUUUCAUCUAUUUGCUUCAUUUUUAUUUUUAAACGUUUCAUAAAGAGCGUAUUAUAUCAAUGGUGAAUAUUAUCGUUUUUUAAUGAUCACUUAUGGUCAGAAUGCUGACGCGCGUAUGCAAUAUAAUGCCGUCCAGCUAUUUCCUAGUAAGGAACAAAAAUGAUCUUAAUGAUAAUUUGCGACAUUGAUUUAUUACAUUGUUAUAGAAUAUGAGCAGAUAUUAUACGGUACUUAACAAAGUAAAUUGUAACAAUUUGAUAUUGCAUUUACGCUGCAUAUAUAAUGCUGGUGCAAAUAUGGUGUUGUAAACAACUACAGCACGGCUGAAACGUUCGUGUGUGCUUCUUCCCGCUCUUGCGCUUAAUCAUAAAACAUAAAUUGAAGACUCCUUAUCUGAUCCACAAGGAAAUAUCCACUUUAAGCAUUUAUAUCUUUGAAUGAAAAUCAUUCAGUAUAUAAAAAUUUUAAUUGCCUUUUCAUUAAUUCUUAAAAGGCCAAAAUGACGCAAGUUUGUGUAAACAUUUUCCCACCAACAAAACACAUCGUAUUAACUUGAACUUUGCUUUCAAAAUUAAGUAGGCCCUUAGGUCGGAAAGAGGGAGGUUUUCUUGCAUAUCUCAUGCAAUUGUUGAACUCUAUUUAAUAAUAACAAAACUAUUCAAAGAAUCUGGCAAACUGCAUGCCCUUUUCAUGCAUUUUUCUACCCAGAAAAAAACGUGUUUGCCCUCAAAGAAAUUAAUCUGGCUCAUAAAUAACUUUGAUAUCUUCACAUUAAGACUAAAAAUAAUCUCUUCGAAUCCUUUUCUUCAAAAUUACAUACAAGAGGGUAUAUAGUAUUAUGAUAGGGUAUAUGUGACCUGGUAUGCUUAUUAACAUAUAUUUAUGUUCAAAAUUGUAUGAACAAUUUUUCCAAAUAGAUAUACCACCUGGUGUUGUAAAAAUUGAAGGUUUCGUAAUGUAAAGCGUACGACUAUAGAUGGAUUUAAUUUAGACCUUUAUUUGGGCACCAUCCAGGCGACAGGUUGGAGAAUGGUGUAACCAAUAGCUUUAAUCAUAGGUUAAUUAGGUAAAAUCUAGGAUAUCAUGACAUUAAUUUCACGAAACUUUAAGCAGGAAAUCUUGUACAACUUGGUUUUGUGUACUAAGCGUUUCCACGACAAAAACACAGGAAAGAGGUGGACCAAUACGCCUGCAUAGAAUAUUUUUGGCACGAAAAAAGUCCCUAAUUGUUUGUGGUCUAUAGCGUGGUCUCUUUCUAAAGCCACUGAAUUCUGUCAUCAGCCAGCUAUGCUCUGUCAUGACUCUAUCUAAUCUGCAUAUCGUAAUUACAAUUAAUUUUCUGCGCCCGAUGGAAGAGAUAGCUAGAUGCGUUUUCUCAAUGUGACUCAACCUGGCCAACAGGUUGUCGAAAUCCCAGCCCUCCUAGGAUAUAGAUCUUACCUGUAAACGCCUACUCAUCUUCUCAUUUCGAAAACACUUGUUUCUUCACCCUCAGGAUCUCUUUAAAUUUAGCAUUGGAAUGUCAGUGCGUAAUUGUUCCUGUCUUAUAAUGAGGCACUUCAUAUUCGCUUGGUAAUUUAAAAAGAACAUCACGCAUGAUUUUUUAUCAAAACAAGUUAAAAAGCGUGUAUCACAGCACAGCCGAACAGCUACGAGACGAAACUACGUUCGAAACACAAUCGAACUAAAAAGUAUUUAUAGUUAAAAGGGACAAAUUGAAACGGUAGAAAAAUGGUUGAGAAUCCCGAAGCAAUGACGAUGUUGAAGUCCUCCUAUGAAGCGAAUCCAGCAAUUUCAGAAGCAGUCACGAACAUACUCCAUAGUUCAGACCUUACAUCUCUCUCGGCGCUCGCACAUCGAGACGAAACAAGCCGAGAAAAGGAGCCUCGCGUGAAGCGGCCCAUGAACGCGUUUAUGCUCUACGCACAGGUAGCCAGAAGAAAGGUUGCUACUAAAUAUCCGAAUCUCAACUACGCCAAACUCAGCAAAACUCUUGGCAAGAUUUGGCAAGUUUUACCCGAAGAGGAACGAAGACCUUUCAUCCAAGAGGCAGAAAGAUUGAGAACACAGCACAAGCUGAAACAUCCCGAUUACAAAUACACCCCGAAGCGUUUGAAAGCGAAAAAGCAUCAUGGCGCUCCGAUGAAAAAGGCCCGUUUGGACAACUUGAAACCUGAGGACCUCUUUAACAUAAUUCAAGCAAAAUGUGACCCGGGCAGUCUUCAACUAUCGACAAGCACCAGUGGAUACCCGUUACGAUACGAAGAACAGUUCCCAGUGUAUUCUAACAAUACUAAUAAUAAUAAUUUUGAUAACUCGUUGUACCCAGGACAGGCAUUUGAUCCACUAGCACCACUGAAUAACUUUGACUCUCAAUUUCAAGGCCUCGAAUAUCUAGGCUUUCCCAACAGAAGGUUUAAUAACGGAUUCCACUCUGAAAUGGCUACCAACAACGAUGUAAAGAGCUAUUUCCCUGAUUACAACGACGGACAGUUAUUAGACACCUUCAAUAACCCAAUUUCGCCGCUAACACCAAAACCAAGUCCCCUCAAUUCAAACCAACCACUUUCCACGUUCCUCGCCUCAAAACCCGAAACAUCAACGACGCUUACACCACUGACAAAUACCUUCGGUGAAGGAUUAAGCUUCUCGAAACUUAUCGACCCGAUCGAAAACAUAAGCAGCUUUCUCGAAGGAAAAUCACAGUUGCCUGGUUACGUGUCGAUCUGAAACGCUCGCCUAAACUUGAAUUAUGACAAAGACAUAGUUAUAUGAGAAUCCUAUCGCUCUGAAGAUUAGACGAACAGCUUUGACAAGCUUCUAUUUGUUUGUUCUUAUGUAACAAAUUAAGUAGUUUUGAGUUUAGAUUCUUAAUAAUUAGAGAACUCAUUGCUGAUUAUGUGUGUUAAUGAUCGAAUGAACAUGCAAUUAAUGAACAAAAUAGAUGUCCUUAUAUGAACAGCAAAGUAUUUCAAACGAGCGGGCUCGCCGAAGUUAAUUCACUGUAAGAAUGUACAUUUGUAGCAUAGAAUAUACAUAAGUCAUAAAAUGUAUAGUGCUGGCACUAUAAGUUAAAAUGUUAGGGUAACUUAAUUUCUUAUCGGUAAAUUCUUAGGAUAUAUUAGUUUAUCAAAAUUUUGCUUAAUUUAAUAAUGGAGUAUGGGUUUAAGUAGCACAUUUUCUCGAUGCUGUGAGUAAUGAAG